UGGUCCUCGUGCGCCAGUCUCGAGUGGGUCUCUUCACUACUCUGGUCUCGGCCGCUCUCUGCUCUCUUGAGGACCUCGUGGUUGUGCUGACGCUCGGCAAACCUCAAAGGCUUAUUGGGGAGGCCAGUGGACACGUUGCGGAUCCGUGUGGCGGCCUGGCUGGACUCGCUCGACCCGUCGCUGAGGCGUGAGGUCAACGUGUCGAUGAAGUCUGCGAGCGUGUCGACGAGGCCUUCAGACGUGGCGAUGAGGCGCCAGGACCUGUCGCUGAGGCCCAACGUCACCGGCGUGGUGCACGGGGCCUCGUGGGAGAUUCUGCCUGCUGAUGCUGGCACGUCGUCGCGCCAAAUGAACAACAACUACAACAGCAACAACAACAAUAACUCGCUGCGAUCAGUGCACACCUGGCCCUCGGCUGCAGACAUGUCGUCGUCGUCGCGCAACAGACCCAGGGGACUCAACUUCCGCCGACCACGUCUGACGCGGACGAGGAGCUGGGACAUCAUCGUGGACGAAGCCAGUGGAUGCGAGGUAGUAGAGCUGAGGGAGCCUGUCGACACGAGCGAUGAGACGUUCUAGCCUGAUGAAGAGACAAAUGUGAUGUGCUUUUAUUUACC